GUAAACGGACUUUACCUGCCGGGUUCCAACGUUUCACUUCAUCUGAAUUGGAAUUAUUGAUCUUUUUGUCGUUGUUCCAGCGGUCUGAACCCCUCAGUCAGUGUGGAUAAUGUGGAUUAUUAACCUUUCAUACUUUUUAAACCUGGGCUGAAGCGCGUCAAGGUUGUGACAGGACACCGGUGCUUACGUUCGACAGGUGAACACGUUCAACAGAAGUUUGCCACAGUGCGUGAAAUGAUGGAGACGUCGGCUUUUUGCCUCUUUCCACGGACAAUAACGAAUUUUUAAACUUUCACACUUUUCCCGCAUGUUACCUUCAGAAAAGACCAGCGAUAAAGUCAGUCUGUCGACUUUAAAGAUCAUUUUCCCAUAAAACGAAGGUGAAAUUCAAACAGAUUUCUGUACAUUCUCUCCAUCCAGAGGAGCCAAAGGGAACAAAAAGGGGACAAAAAGAGACAUAAAGAGACAUUAAGGUCUCGCGCUGAGUCUCAGUGACAGAACGCCGCGCGCUGCUCACGCGCUGCCGGGGAGGGCACGCGCCGGGCAUGUUUUCGCGGGCAUGGCUGGCUAGCUGCUUUACCAUCACCGCCUCUUCCGUUUAAAAUCACCAAACUUACAAAGAACAUGAAGAGGAACCCAGACUCCCGCUGAGUUAAGAGGGAUAAAUUAUUCAGCUGUGCUGGAAGUGGACUACCUGCUGCUGCCGAGGAUGGCCUUUUGGAUGGAGGGCACCACUCUCCUGCUGGUUCUGCUGGCUCUGCUCGACCCACAGCCGGUCACCGGGCGAUCGAGUCGGCACCGCAGCCUGAGACGUCAAACUCGAGGUCACCACGAACACCGGGCGCAACAGAACAUCACGCUGGCCGUCAUUUUGCCACAGAGCAACACAGAUUACCCUUGGGCUUGGCCUCGUAUUGGUCCGGCCUUAGAGCGGGCCAUCAAAACUGUCAACGCUGACCCCACCUUGCUCCCAGACCACCACCUCACCUACGCUUUCAAGAACAGCGAAGACAAAGACGGCAUCUGCUCAGAGUCGGUCGCCCCACUCACGGCUGUGGACCUUAAAUUUGCGUACGACCCGUGGGCGUUCAUCGGGCCCGGCUGCUCUUACACCUCAUCCCCCGUCGGCCUCUUCACCACCCACUGGGACGUCCCCAUGGUUACGGCGGGCGCCCCGGCUGUGGCUUUUUACGGCGGAGUCUACCCGUCUAUCACCAACACGGGCCCCACCCACAAGAAGCUUGGGAAGUUCGCCCUGCGGAUCUGCGAGCACUUCGGGUGGCGGGAGCACGUGAUGCUCGUGUUCAGCGACAACAAGGUGGACGAUCGGCCGUGUUACUUUGCCGUGGAGGGUUUGUACACGGAGCUGAAGAGCAUCAACAUCACUCUCGUUGACAGAGUGUUCGAAGAGAACAAGCAGCCAGUCAACUACUCCCAGAUCCUCUCUGAAAUCCAGAGCGACGGCCGUGUGAUGUUUGUCUGCUGCUCGCCGGACGUCUUCAGGAAGUUGAUGGUUCAGUUCCGGCGGGAAGAUCUUCCUCACGAGCAGUACGUCUUCUUCUACAUCGACGUGUUCGCAGACAGCCUGAACUCCAAACACGGACAGCCGUGGGCCCGCGGAGACGAGGACGACGCCGUCGCCAAGGAGGCCUUCCAGAGUGUGAAGAUCCUGACGUACCGAGAGCCUCAGAACGCCGAGUACGAAGAGUUCGUCAGCAACCUGAAGACGGACGCCCGGAAAAUGUUCAACUACACCAUCGAGGACUCACUGAUGAACAUCAUCGCCGGAGGAUUUUACGACGGGUUGAUGCUCUACGCUCACGCUCUGAACGAGACCCUGUCGCUGUCCGCCGGCCGGCCUCCGGGCAGAGUCGUCACCAAGAGGAUGUGGAAUCGAACCUUCCACGGUGUGACAGGGAUGCUCCACCUGGACGAGAACGGAGACAGAGAGACAGACUUCGCUCUGUGGGACAUGAUCGACACCAACACCAGCACCUUCCAGAUAGUUCUGGUGUACAACAGUUUUGAGGAGCAGCUGACCGCCAUCCCCGGGACGACGCUGCAGUGGCCGGGCGGAGUCUGUCCUCCCGACGUUCCCGUCUGCGGCUUCAAGAACGACAGCCCCCUCUGCCUCGCAAAGACCAUCACCAUCCAUCAGAUGAUUUCCAUCGUGCUCUUCUUCAUCUUCACGAUGACCCUCACUGUCACCGUCUUCAUCUACAGGAGGAUGAAGCUGGAGAAGGAGCUGGUGGCUCAGCUCUGGAGGAUCUGCUGGGACGACAUUCAGAUGAGCAACCUGGACAAAGUGCUGCGCAGCGGCAGCAGGAUCACACUGUCACUGAGAGGCUCUAACUACGGCUCCCUGAUGACUGGAGAUGGAAACCUGCAGGUCUUUGCAAAGACCGGAUACUACAAGGGAAACAUCGUGGCCAUUAAAUACAGCGACAGGAAACGCAUCGAGCUGAACAGGAUGGUGCUGUUUGAACUCAAACACAUGCGAGACGUUCAGAACGAACACCUGACCAGGUUCAUCGGAGCGUGCAUCGACCCUCCCAACGUCUGCAUCAUCACAGAGUACUGUCCCAGAGGAAGUCUGCAGGACAUCUUGGAGAACGACAGCAUCACUCUGGACUGGAUGUUCAAAUAUUCUCUCAUCAACGACAUCGUCAAGGGCAUGGUGUUCCUGCAGAACAGCGUCAUCUUCUCUCACGGAAAACUCAAGUCCUCCAACUGUGUCGUGGACAACCGCUUCGUCCUGAAGAUCACAGACUACGGUCUGUGCAGCUUUCAGGGCGACAGCGACUCUCGAAAAGACGCUCACGCCUACUACGCCCAGAGGUUGUGGAUGGCUCCAGAGCUGCUCAGGAUGGAGUCUCCUCCUAUUCAGGGAACUCAGAAAGGAGACGUCUACAGCUUCGGCAUCAUCCUCCAGGAGGUGGCGCUGCGCCGAGGAGCCUUCUACCUGGAGGGAGACCCGCUCAGCCCUAAGGAGAUCGUGGACCGGGUGGUCCUGGGCGAGUGGCCCUGCCUUAGACCCACCGUCGACCCCCAGAGUCACAGUCCCGAGCUGGGCCAGCUGAUGCAGCGCUGCUGGGCGGAGGAGCCGACGGAGAGGCCGGAGUUCAACCACAUCCGCCUGCUGCUGCGCAAACAGAACAAGGAGUCGAGGACCAACAUCCUGGACAACCUGCUGUCCCGUAUGGAGCAGUACGCCAACAACCUGGAGGAGCUGGUGGAGGAGCGAACACAAGCUUAUCAUGAGGAGAAACGCAAGGCUGAAGCACUGCUGUACCAGAUACUACCACAUUCGGUGGCGGAGCAGUUGAAGCGAGGUGAGACGGUUCAGGCUGAAGCCUUCGACUCCGUCACCAUCUACUUCAGUGACAUCGUUGGUUUCACAGCGAUCUCUGCAGAGAGCACACCGAUGGAGGUGGUGACUCUGCUGAAUGACCUCUACACCUGUUUCGACGCCAUCAUCGACAACUUUGAUGUUUACAAGGUGGAAACUAUUGGCGACGCCUACAUGGUGGUGUCCGGGCUGCCGGUGAGGAACGGGAACCUGCACGGCAGAGAGAUCGCCCGCAUGGCUCUCGCCCUGCUGGGCGCCGUCCGAACCUUCAAGAUCUGCCACCGAUCAGAACAACAGUUGAAGCUGAGGAUCGGAAUACACAGCGGUCCGGUGUGUGCAGGAGUGGUUGGUCUGAAGAUGCCUCGUUACUGUCUGUUCGGUGACACCGUCAACACGUCGUCACGCAUGGAGUCCAGUGGAGAAGCGUUGAAGAUCCACGUGUCGGCGGCGACUCGCGACGUCCUGCUGGAGUUCAACUGCUUCCAGCUGGAGCUGAGAGGAGAGAUCGACGUCAAGGGCAAAGGAAAGAUGACCACCUAUUGGCUACUGGGAGAGAGCGACAGCCAAUGACAACAGCCCUGGGCCGGGAGGAGGGCACGAAGGGCAGAGAGGAAGGCAGAGGGGAGGGCAGAGAGGAAGGCAGAGGGGAGGGCAGAGAGGAGGGGAUGAAGAAACACGGAACAUGUUCUGGACUCUGGUUUUGUCGGCUUCAUGUUGCACCUGUUCCAGUUUCUCUGAGCGCUCCCCAGAAAAUCUAAACUUUAGACUGAAUUCUCUGCCUCAAAGAAUGAACAUCAGAAGUUGUCAUUCAGCAGAGUUCUUCCUGCUUUGCUGACGUGUUAAAUAUGUAGAAUAAGGUGGAGCGUCUCGUCUUCAUCGUGGACAUCUCUUCUAUUGUAAAACCCAAAAACACUUCAGGUAAAGUAGAAAUCUCAGCUCUGAGACACGUGUCCAAGGACUUCUGUCUGUCUUCACCUGAAUCUGGUGCACCGAGCCGUGAUGUGCUCACCGCCGCCCCCCUGAGGCCGGAGGCUGAAAACACCCAGAGGUACCUGACGAUGAGGCCAGUUGGAGUGAGUGUUUCCCCCCAGCGACCACAAGGGGCAACACUGAGCUCGUUCUGCACUCAAAAACAAACCAACAAACUGCACAGAGAUGUAGUAGUUUUACAAAAAAAAAACACUCAAACUUACAGUGUGUAGUUUCUGCCACUCAGUCAAAACAAUGAAACAAAAGACGUGGUUUGAUGUUGUUGGUAAAAAAACGCUGCUGAUGUGACUCAGACAGAAAUGUUGGGGGACGAGGUCAUUUAUUAAAGUUUCAUUCACGCUGUGUGAAGUCACAACUUCCUUCCUCGCUCUCUGCUGUAUCAUCUGAUGUUUCCUGCGUCGCCACCGACAGGCGACCAAAUCAAACGCACCGUUACCUUCAAGAAAAUUACAGAUUUCUUUGUGUUUGAACGUUGUUGAGAACAUUUGGGAUGAUUCAAGAACACAACAAAAUAUAAAACAUGACGUUUUAAAUGUUACACAUUGUGCGUUUGAAGGAUGAAGACGAGCUGGUUGUUUUGAAAAUGGACGUCUGGUUUCACAGCUGAUGAGACAGACUCACUUCACUUUUCAGUGUUAGCAAACACGACGCUAAGCUGAAACACGACGACUUUGCAAAGUCAGAGAAUCCAAAAACAAAAAAGAACAGAAAAAAGUGUUUGGCUGCAGCUCCUCUGCCGCUCCGACCUGCAGCGGUCGGCUGUAAAUAACCACGUUUCUCCUUUGUGUUCAAAUAAAAAGUUACAGUUACAUGAAGUUUUUGUUCCAGGAGGACGGAUGAUGAUGGAAAUGACAUGUGAUGGUUGGAGUCUCUGCUGCGGUCCAGGAGCUGACAGGACGUCUGCAGGGCGGACGGUUGGGGAUCAAACUGUGACGCGAGCGCGAGUCCUGAACGCUAACCGUGGACUCUGAGCAGCACGUGGCACGAACGCACCACAGCUGCCAGCGGGACAAAACCUUUCCUCAAAGAUCUAAUGAACUGAAGAAGUCUCUAAAUGUCAACGCACAUGAAAUGUCUAUGUGACAUUUCAUGUGUGUUCGAUGUGGAAAGAGCAGUUUUAGAAUCUAAAUCUACUGAAGCAUCAGUGUCUAAAGAGACUCCAGUCAUCUCCGUCUGUUCAGCAGUAACCUGCUUUCAUUAAACAGUCUCUGCUACGUCUGUGCUGUCAGUCAUUUUGUAAGACCACUUUGAACCGGUUUGGAUCUUGUCGUCGCUCGAUGCUGUGCCUUCCCCGCAGCUUCAGGUGUGGAUCCAGAAUUCAGCGUUACUGGGGAGGGACCCAGCAGUGUUCGUUUGUACUGACCUGUAGUGGUCUGAAUAAAGAGCUCCAGAUUUCUAAUGUGACUGAAAUGUGUUCAAAGAGGCCGAUACUCUGUUCUGAUUGGCUGAAGGAUGUGCAUAAAUAACCUUGUAGUAGUGACUGUUCUCAGUAUUUCACAUUUAUAAAACAGGCGACUGCGGCAACAUGCUGAAGCCCAAGUUGCUCCCGUGUUGUAAAGCACUGUGAGUGGUUGGCAAUGAGAUAUAUAAGCUAUAAAAUACAUUUUACCAUUUAUUAAUGUGAUUAUUUUCAAUUACACAAAUUACAGGUACAGAAGUACACAAAGUUACACAAAUACUGUAAUUAACUAUUUUGAUGAAUUGUGAAAAAUUUUCAAAAUACUCAGAAAGUUAGCAAUACAUUACAAUAGAUUAGAUCAGAGUGGAAAAAAUAUACAGAUACAUUUGAAAAUGUGCAGCUGUGACAUAUUUUCUGACGAUAAAAACGUUUCCAUGAAGUCACGAAAGAGCAAAAUGUGUUUCUUAGUGUCUUUUUUAUGAUUAGUAGGUAGCUUUUUUUUUUAAGUUGUUUAACUUUAAGUAUGUUUUGUACGGACAUAUGAUCAUUUUGGAAGCUACAAAAUAAGAUAUGUUGAAAAACAACCAAGGAUGUCAAGACUAAUAUGAGUAUCUGAAUAUUCAGAAGUGUAUAUUAUAUAAGUGUAAUAUUCAGAAGCUGCUAUCAAACACUGUGGCCUGGCAACCAUGCAGAUCUCACUCACAUACACAGAACAAACUCCCACAUUCUCCAUGGCAACCACACCAAAAAAACACAGCAACAACUAGCCUUGAAAUCCAUAGCAACUGCUUAGCAACCACACACUGAACACACCUGCAUGUGAGCCAUGUUCGCUUCCUAUUAACAGCUCAGCAGCCACUUAGCAACCAGCUAGCUCCAACUUAGCAAUUCCUUUAAACAAUGUACAGACCCCCCCCCCCAGCAACCAGCUACUGAAGCCUUAGCCCAUCACCUCAGUGGUAAUGUGGAUCAAGACUUAUUCAGUCUCUUCUGAGGCAAACUGUUUCACCUGACGCAGCUGCACCGAGGAGCCCUUACCCCACACCCUGAGUAUUGGGUAGAGAGGUUCGGUGAAUUUGGUGAGGAAGGUGUGCAGGUGUGUCAGCGACCCUCCAGAAGAACCUCUGUAGAAGGACAGGAUGCCAGCCUCCCAGUCCAGAUACACAGCCAGUCCACGACAACCCCCCAGAGGGACACGAGGGACGAUGCUCUCAAAGUUAUGAUACGCGCGGUAGCCUUUAGCAGAGCAGUGCAGACUCCAAGAAAUCUCAUUGUAUCCCAUCACACAGUCGUUUUCUGGCCCUUUGCGACUGAUGCCCUUGUAGGUCACUCCAAUCCCAGCCCAC